AUGAUGGAUGAGAUGAUCCGCAAGACCAGGCCGCAGAUCACGGUCCUGGAGCAAUCAAAGGCGCAAUUGACUCAACCUCAGCCUACAAGUAACACCCGUCCUGGUGACUGCAGUAAGAAAGAAGAAAGCCAGCUGAGUAUUCCUGAGAGAACUCAUGAUCCGGCUCAGCUAACUUCUCCCGCCCUUGCAGUCCUCCUUGAAGAAGAGGAACAGUUCGCCGAAGAAACCCACGUCAGAGACGAUGGAUUGGCUCUAACUGCAGACAGGAACGAAGAAGUCGCGUUGGCGCUCGAGGUCAUCAAUCUGGUCUUUCGAAAGUUGAAAUCCACCAAGCGGAACUUAGCAGAACAUCCUUCCAAUCCCAGCCCUAGCGCGCUCUCGGCUGACAGCCUAAGGCAAAUCAGCCAAGCAAUCUGGGCCCAUUGGAACGCACCCUCUCCAACGAUAUCCUACAAGAUCAAGAAUGCCCUCAAAAACUUGUUCGAAUACAUGAAUCACUCGCGUAUCAACUUUCCGCAGUCUUCAUCUGUCCAGUUCCUCUUGGAGGCCGUCAAACAAUCAAUCCUGCUCGAAAAACGAUCAUUGUCAAUCUUGUCUUACCUUUUACCUCACCUAUCGUUGGAGGAUGCACUCCAGGCAUUCCGGUUAUAUGCCUCUGACCCCGCAGAAUUUCUCGGUAUCAUUCUAAAUUCGAUCGGCGAUGAUAAGUUAGCAUCGGUCAUUGGUCAAUUAGCUGUACAUUGGACGACAAAAGUUGAAGGAUGGGGUUCCAGAACGUCGUCCAAGCCCGCCGAUCAGUGUCCUUCAGAUUGGAUCUCGACCGUCUUCUCGAUCCUGUUUUCGUCCGAGGAGCGUAAACGCCAAUACCUAUGCCAAUAUUAUCUGUUACCUUUAUUCAAAAGCCGGCCAGCAUGCUUCACGGAACUAGCAGAGAGGCUCUCCUCGAUGACUGGCCCGCGGUUUGGUCAACUCAGCAUCACAGAUAGCCCGUUCGAUCAUCUUUCAGCCAUCCUCGCCCUCGCCCGUCUCAAUCCUCGCCAGAGCUGUGCUGGAGUCAAACCUUCUCAGAAAGACCGGAAUCAGGCCGAACCAUGGCUCCCUAAUGCUCUCCUGGAAGUCUCGUUAUCUCAUCCCGCCGUAUCACUCCGAUCCUCCGCAUUAGCCAUCAUCUGCCAAACUGCCGCUCCUGCCUCGCGUAUACCUCUGCCACAUUUAGAUUUGGCCCUCCAGUUCUUCGCCCGGAAUUUUGGUGAAGUUGAAGCUGAAUUGAAGCAAAACAUCUUCAGUAACUUGAACGUCCUGUUUAAUAGACUGAGAGACUCUUCAAAUUCUUCAAACAAGAAACUGGCAGAAUUGAUCAAUAAAAGAUCAAAUUUGAACCAAAGUGAUACUGCGAAAACUUCUGUGAAUAAUCUGGAAGCCGUUCGACUGCAGAACAUGAUUGACGAAGCUGAGACUUACCUUGAGGCGGUAAAAACCUUCAUCCUGAAAUUCUUGACGUUAUGUCGGACCAAUUUAACGAUCUCUUCGCCGUAUCGUUGUCAAAUGGCCUCUUUAACCUAUCUUCAAGUCCUGCUCAACACAGCAGUGGAUCCGUUCUAUCUUCCCAUCAAAUCAUCACUGAGUAACCCGGAAGUUCCUAAGCAAUCCAGCUAUCCAUUUAAAAUCACAGUCAUGGACCAAUCACUCAUUCACAAGCUCAUCCUGGCAUUAACUAGUACUUACGUCGACGUCAGGGAGGCUUCAUUUGCCCUUCUCCAAAACUAUUCUGCUCUCGAUUCUCGGUUUGAGGAAGGCUCGCAAUUGAUGAAGCGCGUUUUGUCGUACGCUCUUCAAUGUUUGAAUUCCCGGAGAGAGAGUGAGAACUGUACGGCCACCCUCUUGUUUCGUCUCAUCUUGGAGAAAGCCAUCGUCAGAAAUCAGGAGGUCUCUCCACUGUUGCUACCACGGAAUAGCGAUCAGAAGGCUACCACAACCACAAACCCACUUGCUAUCUUUUUGCUUGGCAGGCUUGAUGACUUGGAAGAUAGAGUACUCGAAUUUGAGACAAAUCUUGGAAAAGCGAGUGAAGAGCGACCUACGGCAGGCUCAAUCAUGCUGAUCAGCGAGCUCUUCAAAAGUCUCUCGAAGGACAUGGUUGCUUCAUUGGUGGCGUCAAACGACUUGAUGGCGAUCAUGACACGGACAAGGAAGCUAAUCCAUCGAGUCUGGAUAUUGAGCGCGAUCGUGUUAUGCCAUUCAAGCAAUGAUCAGCGAAGUGAUGUGGUGCCUGAUCACGAAGAGGCUCGCGCCUUCGACUUCAUUUCCACCGAAGACGAUGGCGAAUUAUUGCAAGACGACACUGGUCUUCCCGACAGAAACCUCGGAACUAGACACAAAACGAUCCUUAGUGCUUGUUGGAGGAGCAUGAAGGAAGCCAGUGGGCUGUUGAUGCAAACUGUGAAGCUGUCGCUCAUUGCCGAAGAGCACAGUCUUGGUGAUAACCAUGGUAGAGUUCUCAGUUACCAGGAUUUAGGGGAGAUCGGAGAGUUAUUUGAGCAAUGGCUACUAGAGAUCAGGCAUCGGGGCGCCUUUGGUGCAAUACACGCAUCAUACAGCUCAUUGUGUGAAGCGCUAUGUGCCCUGCCAAAGCAAUCGACAUCCUCCCAGCUUCCGACUUUAUGGCUUCAGGCCCACAUUUCUGCGAUCACCAGCCGAAAGAUUUCUACAACACGUCGCAGUGCGGGGUUGCCUUAUUGCAUUCUAUCAGCAUGCCAAGCGUUAUCAAGCUCUAAUCCGAACAAGUUGAGAGACGCUCUGAGCAGCAUUUUAAGUCUUGGCGAGAACCAACAGAUCUCCUCUGACGUCCAAGUCCAUGUUCUGAACACUCUCAAAAUCCUACUCACGGAUGGCAAAGUCUGCUCUCAGUUCACCUCAGUGUUCAUCGAAAGGAGCUACGAUCUCGCUAUCAAAAGCUUUGUCUCUCCGGAUUGGAAGGUCCGGAACGGCGCACUGAUCUUAUUCUCUGGCUUGACCAAUCGUGUCUUCGGUACACGAUCGCUUACUUUGGAUCGUUCCUAUAUCAAUCUGUGUAAAAGAGAAUCUUUAUCAGACUUCUCCAGAAGGUUGCCCACUAUGCCUUCGAUCUUAUUGAAAGAAUUAAGGCGCUCCAUGGCCGUUGGUAUACACCUAGUAUCCACCAGCCACUCUCACGGGUCAUUUGCGGUCCUCACUCUCCUGGCCCUCUUGCAAAAUCCAGACAAUUGUGCGGCUGCCAACGAGUUCAUUCCGCUUGUUCGUAAAUGUUUGCAAAGCAAGGUUUCUAAGGUUAGGUCAAUCGGCGCAGAUGCUAUGACGGGGCUCAUACCCUGCUCCCAAGUCCCCGGUUUGAUCUGCGAUCUUCUGAAUGAAGCUACCAAAUCACGCUGUCAUAAUGAGGUACAUGGUCUUUUACUCCUUAUCAACCGAUUGGUCCAACUACCAAACGCAUUAUUGGAGGAUGAAAAAUCAAAGAUUCAAGACAGCAUUAGCAGAUCAGCGAUGAAACUUCUUCAUUCUGCGGCGAUUCCUCUGGUUUCUCAAUCCUCGUUUUUGGAAAGCUUAGAAAGCUUAGAAAGUAGAUUCGGGAUCAAAGUACAUGAUCUCGAUCAUACUUUUUCCUCUCGCAUGACGAUGGAUAAAAUCCAAGAGCUGUGCAGGAUCAGAGCGCCUGCGUUGAACUCUUACGAGACUCAAGCGACUCGCAAUGUCCUUGCACGAAAUCACGAUCGAGACACUGUGCUAGAACUUAUGAGGGUGGGAUCCACCUCGACACGCUUGACGGUCUUCAAGUUUCUGGAAAAGGCUGGGAACCGGAGAAUCUUCAAUGAUCCAGAGAUCAUUGAAACUAUCUUUCGAAUAGGUCGUCAGCCCACUUAUUCGAUCUCGGUCAGACUGCCCGCCUUGAAGCUACUUACGAUCGCAUCGGACUUGAAAACGACCACAUGGCCACUAGAUGAGCUACUCAAAGAACAUGACUCAAGUCUGGCUAUCCCUAUGCGCGAUACUCUUCUCGUCCUUUCGGCCUGCUUCUUUGCCAAUUCGCUCGCCGACCGGCGCUCUGAUUUCGAGAACGUCUCCGUUCAUGGUUGGGCCGAUAAGAUUUUGGAUAAAAUUCAACAGGCUGCUCGGGAGGAUCAGAGUACGGCAACCAGGUUAGCUGCGGUUGAGGGAGUGUCAGCAUUCUUCAAGCUUUUCAAAAGCGAUGGAGUUUUGUCGAUGAAGAUCAAACUAAGGAUCUUGGCAUUGUUGAUAACUUUGAUCCAAGACGAUGAUGAUGAGAUCAGGUGUGCAUUGAUCAAGAGCUUGGAUCGGACCAAAUUCCUCUGCUCAAGUUCUGAUUAUCGACCCGCCAAAGAAGAAGAUGGACGCGAGUUCCAGCUCGAAUUAGUACCUAAUCUCAUCUUGGAAAAAUUGAUUGAGCUUUCAGUCGGGUUAAAUCCAUUUUUCGGUUUCAAGAAACUGUUGAACAUAUAUGAUUUUCAAGCAGAUCUGGACCAGUUGUUCAAACCUUCGGAUGACCUCUUCAUCACCGAAAGAUUGAACUUGUACAAAGAUGAUUUCUUGGAGUUCGAUCUCGUCCAGAGGAUCAGCUUGAAGCGAAACGAAGAAAUGGCCAAAGAAGACGACCGGACGAUCAGUGCCGAUUUUGAAGAUCUCGACCUCAGUCAAGAACUCAAAACAUUCCAGAACUUGUUAACAGUCCUGAUUCCCAAAUCCUUCAACAAUCUUACCAAAAGCGAUGACAUCUUUGCGGAAACUUUAUUCAAAAAUGUUCUUAAUACCGACCAAAACUCAAAUGAGCGAGAGGACGAUGAAUUCAAUGUGAUCUCUUAUAAAGCCUGGUUCAGCUUGGUUCUCAGAUUGUACAACUUGAUCAAGAUUUUCAAAAGUUUUCCAACGAAAUAUCAGCACUCUCUGAUGUCCGUCAUGCUUGAUGACCCAUCAUUCCCCCAUAAUACAUCUUUGAUCCACUCUCAAACUGAUGAUCUGGAUAGUCGCUUUAACUUUAUCCAUGACUUCGUAACAUCCCAUUGUUAG